AUGACUCCAUUUCAAGCUUUAUAUGGGCAUCCACCUCCCUCAGUCCCACUUUAUCAUAACGGUUUUUCUUUCGUCAACGAAGUGGAUGAGCACCUGACAACUAGAGACGAGAUACUACGGCAGCUCAAAGCCAAUCUGGAAGCCUCCAUCAAUCGUAUGAAACAAAUAGCUGAUCAAAAGAGGAGGGAUGUCACGUUCGAAGUAGGUGAAAUGGUGUUUCUCAAGUUGCAUCCCUAUCGGCAACAAUUAGUUUUUAAACAUGCCCACCAAAAGCUUGCCAAUCGAUUUUAUGGGCUGUAUCCUGUGUUACAAGAAAUUGGAGCAGUUGCUUACAAACUUCAGCUGCCAAUGGGAGCCCGCAUUCAUCUAGUUUUUCACAUUUCCCUCUUAAAGAAAGUUAUUGGGUGGAGUACACUGCCUUCUACUGAGUUGUCGCCAGUAAAUGAUGAAGGGAUGAUCGUACUUGAGCCUUAG